AUGAAGCAACAACAGCCAACGCCAGAAUUUUUCGAAGACUUCCACAUGCCCGUCACUUUAGACGUCGCCAACCUCUCAGCUUACAGCCCUUUCCUGGUCCCUCAGGACCACCUGGGACACAGUGGCGUAUUCAUGGGCAUGUCCGCUUUUAUGCUCUUCCUUUUUAUCGCAGGAACUGCCAUCAACGUCCUUACCAUAGUUUGCACAAUUCAAUACAAGAAACUCAGAUCUCACCUGAACUAUAUCCUUGUGAACCUUGCCGUUUCCAACUUGUGGGUGUCCGUUUUUGGUUCCUCGGUAGCGUUCUACGCCUUCUACAAAAAGUACUUUGUCUUUGGGCCAAUAGGAUGCAAAAUUGAGGGCUUCACUUCAACAAUUGGAGGAAUGGUGAGUUUGUGGUCUCUUGCUGUGGUGGCGCUUGAAAGGUGGCUGGUCAUUUGCAAACCCCUUGGGAACUUUACCUUCAAGACCCCUCACGCCAUUGCAGGCUGCAUACUUCCUUGGUGUAUGGCAUUGGCUGCUGGACUCCCUCCACUUUUGGGCUGGAGCCGGUAUAUACCUGAGGGCUUGCAGUGCUCUUGUGGACCUGACUGGUAUACAACUAACAACAAAUUCAACAAUGAAUCCUACGUCAUGUUCCUCUUCUGCUUUUGCUUUGCUGUUCCUUUCAGCACUAUUGUAUUCUGUUAUGGUCAGCUGCUCAUCACUCUUAAAUUAGCAGCCAAAGCUCAAGCUGAUUCAGCCUCCACCCAGAAGGCCGAGAAGGAGGUGACAAAGAUGGUGGUGGUAAUGGUGUUUGGCUUCUUGUUAUGCUGGGGACCAUAUGCUCUCUUUGCUAUCUGGGUGGUUUCCAACCGCGGUGCACCCUUUGACCUGAGACUGGCAACCAUUCCUUCCUGCCUUUGUAAAGCCUCUACCGUGUACAAUCCUGUCAUAUACGUCUUAAUGAACAAACAGUUCCGCUCCUGUAUGAUGAAGAUGGUCUUCAACAAGAAUAUUGAGGAAGAUGAGGCUUCUUCUUCAUCUCAGGUCACCCAGGUCUCCUCUGUUGCGCCAGAGAAAUAAACACAUUCUUCAUGUAACCUCAUUCUGCGGACCGAACCACUCUAGCAGUGACCAAAUGAUUUUACAACUGUAAAUAAAAAAACGUAGACCCUAUAGAAGUUUUUGCUUUUAAUGUCAACAUUUUUGUAACUUGGUCUUGGCUUGCUGAACAUGUAGAAUGAGUAGAUCAUUAUUAUCAUAUUAAA